GCUGUCUUUGGAGGUUGCAGCGGUCAUGUCCGGCCGAGGGAAGGGCGGAAAAGGCUUAGGCAAAGGUGGUGCGAAGCGCCACCGUAAAGUCUUGAGAGACAAUAUCCAGGGCAUCACCAAGCCUGCGAUUCGGCGUCUUGCUCGGCGUGGAGGUGUAAAGCGGAUCUCUGGUCUCAUCUACGAGGAAACCCGCGGUGUGUUAAAGGUGUUUCUGGAGAACGUCAUCCGGGACGCGGUCACCUACACAGAGCACGCCAAGCGCAAGACAGUCACCGCCAUGGACGUGGUGUACGCGCUCAAACGCCAGGGGCGCACCCUGUACGGCUUCGGGGGCUAGGCUGCUACUUCAGCUCUGCGUGUUUCAAUCCCAAAGGCCCUUUUUAGGGCCAACCAUGUGGUCGUCAGAGGAGCUGGGCACUUGGCCGAAAAGUGCCCAAGUGUAACGGUGAACUUGGGAGGUAAUCUUAAACUUGUUAUUGGGGCUACAGUCGGUUCCGAAAACGUACCGCGGGGCCAGCGACGCCUGUUUUCCGAAGGCCCUAAAGACUCAAGGGUGACCUUUCGCUUGUAUGUCUGAGUUGUUGCCGUUUAGUGGCUAGAAAGGUUGGCGUGCUCUAAGUUUAACCACCACACCGGUUUGCUUUUGUGUAGGACUGGCUUAUUUGGAAGAGCGCACAAACAUUUGCGAUCGCUGGAACAGGCUCUGCGUAGAAAAACUAGCGGUUUAUGCCAAGGUCAAGUUGUAAUUUCUUUGUAUCUACCCAGGCAAAACUGUUCCAACUGCUCUAGAUUUAAUCUAGAGAUGCCGGUUCUCCAUCUGAUCUAUUUGAAUUUUGUCAGUUAACCUCUUCCGGUUUCAUUUUCCAGGUCAGAUGCAUUAAGGGCUCGUUCCCAUUGGAUGGUGUUUUGUGACGUCUACUCUGUUCCCCUCUAAUAAAGCUGUGUGACUUGCUAAAUGAAA